AUGUUUAUUACUCAAGUUUGUAUGAAAAUUUCAAAACAAUGGAGACAAGUAUCAUUUCAAAUUCCUCUCUCAUUAUCAUUUGUAGAAAAUCCCCUCAAACAAGUUCGUGAAUCAAUUUUACUUUUAUCUAGUUGUGAACGUUUGAAGAAUGUGACUUAUUUGAAUCUGGAUAGUAAUGGAAUUGGCCGUGAAGAUGUUAAAUAUAUUGCUACGAGUGAGUGGUUGAAGAAUUUGAUUUCUUUGGAUCUUGGUAGCAAUGAAAUUGACAAUGAAGGUGUCAAAUAUAUUGCCAUGAGCGAAUGGUUGAAAAACUUGUCUUCUUUGAAUCUGGGUUACAAUAGAAUUGACAGUGAAGGUGUUAAAUAUAUUGCUAUGAGCGAAUGGUUGAAGAAUUUAAUUUCUUUGGGUAUAGGUAGCAAUAGAAUUGGCAAUGAAGGCGUCAAAUAUAUUGCUACGAGCGAAUGGUUGAAAAACUUGACUUCUUUAGAUCUGGCAUGCGAUGGAAUUGACAAUGAAGGUGUCAAAUAUAUUGCUACGAGCGAAUGUUUGAAGAAUUUGACUUCUUUGAAUCUGGCUUACAAUAGAAUUGACAAUGAAGGCGUCAAAUAUAUUACUAUGAGCGAAUGGUUGAAAAACUUGAUUUAUUUAAAUCUGAGACACAAUGAAAUUGGCAGCGAAAGUGCCAAAUAUAUUGCUGCAAGUGAAUCAAUGAAGAAUUUGACUUCUUUAAGCCUUAGCAACAAUAGAAUUGACCAUGAAGGUGUUAAAUAUAUUGCUACGAGUGAAUGGUUGAAGAAUUUGAUUUAUUUAGAUCUGACAUACAAUAGAAUCGAGAGUGAAGGUGUCAAAUAUAUUGCCAUGAGUGAAUGGUUGAAGAAUUUGACUUCUUUGAAUCUGGGUUACAAUAGAAUUGAGAGCGAAGGUGUCAAAUAUAUUGCUACGAGUGAAUGGUUGAAGAAUUUGAUUUCUUUAGAUCUGACAUACAACGAAAUUGGCAGUGAAGGUGUCAAAUAUAUUGCUGAUAGUGAAUGGUUAAAAAACUUGUCUUCUUUGGAUCUGGGUAGCAAUGAAAUUGACAAUGAAGGUGUUAAAUGUAUUGCUACGAGCGAAUGGUUGAAGAAUUUGACUUCUUUGAAUCUGGGUUACAAUAGAAUUGACAGUGAAGGUGUCAAAUAUAUUGCCACGAGUGAGUGUUUGAAGAAUUUGAUUUCUUUGGAUCUGGCAUGCGGUAGAAUUGACAGUGAAGGCGUCAAAUAUAUUGCUACAAGUGAAUGUUUGAAGAAUUUGACUUCUUUGAAUCUGGCUUAUAAUGAAAUUGGCAGUGAAGGCGUAAAAUAUAUUGCUGAUAGUGAAUGGUUGAAAAACUUGUCUUCCUUGGAUUUGGGUGGCAAUGAAAUUGGCAAUGAAGGUGUCAAACAUAUUGCUAAUAGUGAAUGGUUGAAGAAUGUGACCACUGUCUAA